UUUUGAAAGUAUUUUAGUGAACACAAACCUUAAGUUUUAUGUCAACAAUCGAGAGAUGAAGUGAGAUAAGAAGGGUGUGGCUAAGGGAUUGACGUUUCAGAAGGCAGAGAGGAUGAUGUCUCUGAGGAAUUCAGGAAAUCUCUGUGGUUGAAAUGAAAGCAAAGAAAGAAAUCAAAAUUUGAGAAUUUAGGUCUAAUGUCAUAGGAGUCGAAAAGGUUAAAGACCCAGUGUGAUCCAACUGGAAUUAGAAAGUUUAAGGAAAGCUAAUUAUCAACAAGAUAUUACUAGUCCACUUCUAAUGAUUCACAUCGCAAAGAUUUUCUAAAGAGCCUUCUUAGGGGAAAAAUUUUCCACUCAAAUACAGGAGCAAAAGAAAAAGGAUCAAUGAUUUCUUUCACUUCCAAAGCAUCAAAGAGGUAGAAUUCUGAGAUAUGCUCAAGGUACCACUCAAAUAAGGCUACUAAUAAGCAUCAAG